UUUCCAGUUGCUUCAUGUAAGGAACGCUGGCGUAAUAUACGUGCAGCAUUUGCUCGAUCUGUAAAUAUUUACAAAACGUAUAGUGGUCCGAAUCGGGUAAAGCCUUACUACUUAUAUGAAGAGUUACGCUUUUUAUUGAAACCCAUGACUGAAGGGGGUAUUAAAGGAAGAGUAAUGUUACAUAUAGAGAAUGAAGAGGCGGAUGAUAUUGCACCAAAUGAUGUUGAAGUGGAACUAACAGAGGAUCCAGAAGAUUGUGUAACAUUGUUAUAUGAAGACAAUGACAGUUCAAAUCCCAUGGCCCAGGUUAAAAUUGAUUCAGAUAUGGAAUAUGAUUUAUUAGAAAAUAUUUCAACUGAACAUAUGGGCAUAGACUUACAAGGUAUAACUAAUACUGCUCAACAUAAUAAUAAUCAAGUAGCAGCUAAAAGUAAUGAACGCGUAUUACCAGCCAGAAAGCGUAAACGUUCUAUUGAAGAGCAACUCCAACAUUCCGGUAGCGAAUUAAAAAUGAGUAAAUCUGAUGAUAGUUGGUCAUUACCUGUCGCCGAUGUAGAUGUAAAAUUUCUUGACACCCUACUACCAGAUAUGAAGAUCAUGAAUGCACGUCAAAAAAUUAUAUUUAAACGCAAAAUCUAUCAAUCAUUGGAGGAAGUAUUUGAUGCGAAUUCAGAUUUUCCAAAUAUUAACUAUGCAACUCGACCAAAUAGUAAUUUUCAGGAGACUUUGAAUAACAUAAGGAAGUUGAGUGAAACUGACCUACAGCAAGUAAAUGCCUUCAUUAAAAAUACUUUUCAAACUAAUUUUGAUAAUAGAGAUAAUAUAAGACGUGUUGGCAAUGCUACCUCGUUAACAUCAUCAGGGACCUCUUUUGUGCAAAUCGGAAAUUCCAUGCGUAAUAUCCAUUUGGGUAGUGUUAUACCAACUACUAUUAAAGAAGAAGCUCAUGAUAAUAUUUAAUUUAAAAUUAAGUCAUUAUGUAGAUAUUUCUAGUUUAUUAUAAAAAUGUUAAAUAUUAGAAUUAGCAAAUAUCACGAUGUACCUAAUUGGUUAUAGUAAUUAAAACCAGUAGUAAUUAUUAGUACUUUAGCCUGGAAGGGCAAACACAGGUUAAGUAGAUAUAAUUAAACUGUGCUGAGAGUAGUAGUACUUAACAAACAUUUCAUAAUCGUAUAAGAUUCUAAAUAUUUUUUUUUCAUACUAAAAGUAAUUAUAUUAGCACAUGAAUAUGUGCAACAAGUCAGGACGUAUGA